AUGUCCGAGCCAUGGUGGGGUGUGAUGGUGGCGCUUGGGGUGCUUGUGGCGCUGACGCGGAUGGCUGCCGGGGAUGGGGCUGAGGAUUGGCGGGAGACGGUCGCGGUGGGUGGGCUGGAUGCGCCCAGCUGCACAGCCAUGGAUGAUGUGGACGGCGAUGGUCGGGCCGACUUGGUUGUGGGAACCAUGACCGACCGCAAAAUUGCUUGGUACCCGCACUUGGGGGCGGGGCUGUACGGCAGUCAACACCUUGCAUGGCUCGGCGCCUCCCCAAUCACCUUCCUGGCCGUCGGGGACCUAGACGGCGACGGUGCUCCUGAUAUCGUGUUUGCUGAUGAGAGUGCCGCCGGUCUACGCUGGCUCCGUAACGGGCGCGCCACAGGUGAGCCGUUUUCGGCGAAAGCCGCGAGCCUACCCAUCUCCAUCGUGCCAGAGACGGUCAAUGCCCUGCUACUCGUUGACCUCGAUAUGGAUGGUGCCCUGGACGUGGUCGGGAGCACGACGUUGGAUGGCGCGGGCGGUGAGCGCGUCUUGAGCUGGCAUCGAAACAGAGGUAACGGCACUUGGCACGCCCCCAUCAUCCUGGCCCAAAACGCCGCCGAUCCCUACUUUCACCUUAGCACCGUUGAUCUCUACGGAGACGGCCAUUUGGCCUUGCUGCACAUUCGCAGCAGUGUUACCACCAUGAUUCCGAGCUUUUAUCCCAAUGGCACCCACAGCCCACCGCGUGCCGUGGCUACCGCUGGCUGCUCCCCCUUUAACUUUGCCGCUGGCGACAUUGACGAUGAUGACCGUGCCGACCUGGCCGUGGCCUGCCCUUCAGAGGGCAUCAUGGGCUGGCUGAAGAAUGCCGGUGAUGGAACGUUUGAUUCCCUCGCCGUCAUUGGCAGCGCCAUCGCCGGUAUAAAUUGGGUCGUCUUGGGGGACUUGAAUGGGGACGGACAACUUGACCUUGCGGCCGUCGCUACCGCGGCGCCCAUCACGCUCUUGUGGGUCCGCAAUCGCCUUCACACCGCAUCUCAGCGAUUUGGUAGCCCCAGUCCCCUCACCUUUCCGGGGUCCGGCAUCGCUGGCAUUCACCUUUACGAUCUCAACGAGGACGCAUUGCUCGAUGUUCUUGUCAUUAUGAAAUCUGGUGAUCGCAUUGGCUGGCUGGCCAACACUGGGGGUGGUGUCUUCCCCACUGAAGCCACCCCUUUGGUGUCCACCGUCAAGAAUCCCACCGUGGCUCUGCCCGUCGACAUGGAUGGCGACAGUCUGCUCGACUUACUCUGCGUCUUCAAUCAAGGCAACGCCAUCUCCUGGUUUCGUGGUGACGGCACGGGACAGUUUGGACUGGAAAUCAGUCUGACCACCGCGGUCGAAAGCAUCUCAUCCAUCACCGUGGCAGAUCUCGAUGGCGAUUCUUUGCCUGACCUGGCUGCCGUGAGCGCGAUGCAGGGGUCUCUGAUGUGGUUGCGCAACGAGGGCGCCGGCGCCUUUGCCCAACCCACCGUUAUCGCCAACGACCUUGAUCAGCCUUUCGUGGUGCUGGCUGCUGACAUUAACGGCGAUGGCGCUCUUGACCUGGUGUCAGGGUCUAGCGGUGCCAGCACCGUGUUUUGGUCCCGCAACCUUGGCAACGGUGCAUUUGCAACCACAGCCAUCCUGCUGGCCAACAUCUCCGGCCCUUAUGCGCUCGCGUUUUCAGAGUUGGAUGGCGAUGGUCGACGCGACCUCGUGGUAUCCAGUUUCUUCCAGGCUGCUGUCUACUGGUAUCCUCAAAUCCGACCUGGCACAUAUCGUCCCCAGAGCCUGGUUGGCAGCGGACUUGAGGGGGCAAUAGACCUGGCAGUCGCGGAUCUGGACGGCGAUGGGUGGACCGACGUGGUGUCUGCGGCCAGUGAGGACAACAGCGUCUUUUGGCACCAAAAUCUGCAAGGGCAAGGGUUUGCCAACCCCAAGCUCGUGUCGAAUGAUACUCUGGGCGUCUGGCGCGUGGCAGCGGGCGAUCUAGAUGGCGAUGGGCAACCCGACAUCGUUGCUGGGUCAAGCACCGACAACACGGUGGCGUGGUUUCCAAACCUGGGCAAUCCCACCUCGUUCGGAGGCAAAACUACUUUAAUCUCCUCCGCCAUGGACUUGCGUGACAUGCGGCUCGCUGACUUGGAUGGUGAUGGUGACCAAGACGUGAUUGUGGCAAGCUUUGCCGAUCAUCUUGUGCGCGUCCUUAUGAAUCCUCGCUACACCGCGCCUGUAUGGGACCAACCCGUCGGUCUUGCCGACAUUGUGACAGUGCAAAACCGCGUCCAAGCAGCUAUCAUGUUCAACGAGAGCGCCGUGUUGUUGGCGAGUGUCCCGGAUGUGGCCCAACCCACCGCGGGCACCCUGCGUGUCUUGACACAAGGGCCAACGGGCGCGUGGAAUUUUGAUCGCUUUUUGGCGUCGCCACGCUAUGGAAGUGGCUACCUAGUACGCCAGUUGCUGGCUGCAGAGUUUGGCUUUGUUGUGGUAGAAGCACCGGCUUCAGACGCCGACGGUACCCAGCUAUUGUUCUAUGCGCACAACGAGUUGGAGCCUCGAGCUGCCUUGACCCUGCGCCCUGGCGCCCGGGGCGAGCACGUCACUGUCGCAGGCCAGACGCUGCAUUAUUUUCAAGGCCGAGUUGGCAGCGAGGUGGUGGCGCCUGUUUGCUCAAUGCCCCUCCCCGCCGAGCUUCCAGCGACCUUUACAACAUGGUCGUCCGAGAACGCGGCCUGCUUUCCUGUGGCAGUGUCGACCACCAUUAUUGUGCAGGCCGGGGAGCAGCUGCUGGCCGGAGGCACCGGCAUCUACUCGUUGCACAUUGAUGGCUCGCCGUUUGGGGCUCUUCGCACAGUUCUGUCCAGCUCCGAUGCCGAGCGCAUGACGUUUUGUCCUGUGGCAGCCGUCACAACCACGGGGCGCCAGAUCUUCACGUUAAUCCUAGACAAUCAGCUGUAUCUGGGCGUAUGGGCCGUUGCCUACACGCAGGGCCUCUAUCUCCAGUCCAUGCACGCCAUGGCCAACUGUACUGAACCUCGGGCCAUGCACCUGCUCAAUGACGCCACCCUCAUGCUGACGUGUGUGGAUCCGUCGUUCCUGCACGUGGUCGUGAUGCACAUUGAAACGGGUUUGGCCACGUGGGUCUACUCUGAGUUACUGCCAGUACCUUUGGAUCCUGCAGCCGGGCGCUUGGUACCCCGAGGCAAUGCGACGAGUGCCACCUCUUUUUUCAUGCUAGGUGGAACGGGCCUCGUGCAUUUGGACAUGGUACGCUUCGUAGAUCAUGACACGGGCACGCCUCUAUGGGACGCCACAACAUUGGUAAAGCCUUUUAUUUCAACCGUGGAAUUUUACUUGAUUGUCUUUUCGGGUGUGCUGCCAACCGCCCCACCCCGCAUUGAGACGACGAUGGCGAGCACGCUGCCUUUUACUGUCGAUUCAACUACAAGUCAGCACCAAACGAGGGCUCCAACCGAGAUCGCCAGCACCACGUUGGCGCCCCAGCCGGCUGGAUCGGCAGAGAGCAACGGCGGCAACGCAAUUGUGGCGGGCGUAGUAGCGGGUGUCGCUGCCGUGCUAGUGGUUGCCAUUGGCGUUGUUGCCUGGCACCGCCGUCGACAGCGGAAGCCUUUGCCCAACGGGGCGCUUGGCAUAGGAGACAUUGUCCCCAUGUCCUCCGCGGAACAGAUUGAGCUCUGUCUGUUGCAGUUUACGGAUCAACUACGCAGCCCGGGUUGGCGCGGCGGGCGAGGUCCACAACCGCUGAAUAUGGCCUCACAGAAAUGGUUGCAAGAUCUGGGCCCACUAGGUAAAGGCAACUUUGGCGUGGUGCGCAAGGCCAAACCCAUACGCCACACGGAAAAAUUUGGCGACCAACUAGUUGUGGCGGUCAAGCAAUUUGAAAGUAUCCAGGCUGCUGAUUACAAGGCGGUCAUGAUGGAGGCGGCUCUCAUGCACACGGCUGGUCGACACCCACACAUUGUGCAGUUGCUGGCUGUGGUGCAAGACAGGUGGAUGGCUCCCGAGGCGUUGCUGCGCGCCCAGUUUUCGCCGGCAUCGGAUGUGUGGUCCCUUGGCAUCGUCAUUUGGGAGGGGCGAACCCCCUUUGGGGAGCGCACCAUGCAGAUGAUGCUCGAGCUGCUGCAGGCUGGGAAGCGCCUGGAUACGCAGCACAUCCCCUCGGCCCUGCAUGCGCUUUUGAGCGCGACGUGGGAGGCCAAGGCAGAGCUGCGACCCAGCGCUCAGGCCGUGGCACAGGCGUUGCAGGAGCAGCACGCCCCCAUGGCAGGCUUUGCGGACAAUCGCGGCCUUUUGGCCCUGGAAGAACCUACCGUUUUGGAAGAAGCAGAGAGUGUCUUAUGA